CGCACAACGCCGCCGAGAUGGAAGUGGAGCUGAGUGAAUGGAGUGGCGGGGCCCUGGGCGGGAGGUGGUGGUAGUGCAGAGAGAAGCGGUGUCGCUCAGGUUUAAAGAAAAACAGCAAAUACUUAUGAAGCAGUAAAAUAUAAGAACAAAUGGCAGAAAUCUGAUUUUUUUUUUCCAAAAUCAGGGAAUAUUUAUAGCACUGGAAUGCCAUGGGAAUUUACAUUUUGAAUGUUAGCUAUUGCUGGACAAACUAUGAAUGAAAAUACAAAUUCAGCUCUUGACCCCAACAAGGAUGACCUUCCUCUCAUGGCCAAUACUGGCUGCAUGCUCGUCAGACAUUAUGUAUUAGAUCUGGCAGUAAAUUUUGACAGAGAAGUCAUCAACGGUACCAUUGCCCUCUUCCUAGAGACCAACAAAGUGCACAAAAGAACAUCCAGCUGUGUGGGAGCAGGUCAGCAGCUUUCCUUACAAGGACCAUUUGAAACUGAGCAAGCUGGACCUUCAUGCUGUCUGACUUAUGCAUGUGAGGGUCAGGUGAGCAAUCAAGCUAACCAGCGUGAUGGCAGAGUUAAUAGUUGUAACCAUAGCAACAAUGAGUGGGCUGGAGAGAGAUCUGGUGCAAGGGAGCUCUGCGAUGACGGGAAGGAUUUUGUGCUGGUGCUGGACUGUUGCGACCUUGUGGUGACUAAGGUGGAGGAAGUGAAUGUUACUGCUGCGGCAGGUACUGACAGAUUGAGUGGAAUGGACGUGCUCAAGCCAGAAUUUGGCACUUUAUCUCAGGGACCGCAGGAUGAUCCCCAGAAUAGCAUAGUGGAUGAAAUUCUAGGUUUAUCAGCAGAGCGCUGGCGGGAGCAGCAUAACUAUUACAUCCAGUGCAGUAACGCGCCUGGCAGUGGAGAACUCCAGUUUCAGACCGACACAUGGAGCAUGAAAAUCAGGAAACCAGGAAUACAAAGCCCUCAAGACUUUCCUCGUGUGUUGAGGAUCUGGUAUGAAACGAAACCAGAGGGUGAUUCGGUUAAAUGGACUAAGGACCAAAGUGGCAGACCCUGUGUAUACACAGCAGGAUCUCCUAUAAACAACAGAGCACUGUUUCCAUGUCAGGAGCCUCCGGUAGCUAUGGCAACCUGGCAAGCCUCGAUUUUGGCCCCUACCGACACUGUGGUUCUAAUGAGUGGUGAAAAUUGUGCUGAACCCCACCAGGCUGGAGCUUUCUCAAAAUGGUUCUAUUAUGUGACCAUGCCAAUGCCAGCAUCUACUUUUACUCUCGCUGUUGGAUUCUGGCUUGAAGUGAAACAUGAACACAUCUUUGAAUCCCACUUGCAAAGUUCAUUAUCCUCAUCUUCAAACUUUAUAAAUAAAAACCCCAGUGUUUCCAAGGCAACCUGUGAUCAUCCAGCCUAUCCAUGUCGUUUCCAAAAUCCUCUUGCCCAAGUCCAGGAUUGUAUUCCUCACCGAGUCUUUGCUCCAGAUUGUCUGAAUUUACGAAGCCAGGAGUUUCUGCUUCCUCUGUUAGCUCCGUGCCUUUCUGCGGCUUGUCGUAUUCUGGGCACUCAUCCUUUCUGCAGGGUCGAUGUAUUGGUUGUUCCUGCUGGCUUUUCUAGUCUGGGAAUGGCUAGUCCACACAUCAUCUUCCUAUCGCAGUCUGUUCUGUCUGGAGGAAUCCAUCUCUGUGGAAUUCGACUGUGCCAUGAAAUAGCGCAUGCCUGGUUUGGAUUAGCGAUUGGUGCUCGAGAUUGGACUGAAGAGUGGAUAAGUGAAGGCUUUGCUACUUAUUUGGAGGAUAUAUUUUGGGCAAAAGCACAGAAGCUGUCACAGGAAACAAUGCAAGAACAACAGCAACUAAGAUCCUUGCUGCGAUGGAGAAGGCUCAGAGAAGAAAUUCAGAACUCUGAAGAAGAAUUGCAAGUUCUGAGGCCUAACAAGGAGAACACAGGAGAAGUGAACAGUACUGGUGCAACAAUCAUCAAACAUGGUCGAAAUCCAGGAAAAGUCUUUAUGCAAGUUCAUUACUUAAAGGGUUAUUUUCUGCUCCAUUACCUUGAGAACCAAGUGGGACAAAAGGCUUUUCUCAAUUUUUUGGGGUUAUUUGUGGAGAGGUUUCAUGGGCAACUAAUUCUUUCUCAGGAUUUUCUACACAUGUUUAUGGAGAAUUUUUCAGAACUUGGGAGUCAGGGGCUGUCUACAGAAACUAUCUAUCGAGUCUGGUUGGAUGUAGCAGGAUUGCCAAAGCAGCCUCCAGAAACACAUUCAGCAUGUCCGUCAAGUCCUACAGAGACUAUGGGAGAACAAGUUAUUUGUGAAGGCAGAGAAGUGAGAAUUCCACAUCCCUUCAGUCAGCUUCCUGGGCUACAUCAUCAAGAGCGGGUAUGGAGGUCCUUCUGCCAAGCCCUGGGUGCCUAUGUUAGCCUGUCAUUCGGCUUCCAUCCUCAGAAGAACGGGCAAACAGAACAGGUCAACCAGGAUUUGGAGGCAGUGCUACAUUGCACAACAAUCAACAACCUGUCUACCUGGGGUGACCACCUCGCAUGGGUACAAUAUGCCCACAACUCUCUGCUUCUUUUGGAUGAAGCUGUGCAGUGGACGGAAAACCGACUAGUCCGUGAAGUGAAGAAUGAGGUGACAAAAUGGGUCACGAUCGACCAAAAGGUCAGAAAAGGCUCCCGCAAAAGGAAGCGCAACCGCGAGAUCGAGGUGACUUUCAGAGAGCUUUUGCCGGACCAACUGGUUUUGCUGCUGGAAUUUGUGUUGGAAAUGAAGUCCUUGUCUUCCAAAACACUGCAGAGGUUACAGAAGCAGUAUUCCCUGAGGGAGCAGGAUGCAGAGGUGCGCCAUCGUUGGUGUGAGCUGGUUAUUAAGCAUAAACUCACUGUGGCAUACAGGGAUUUGAUCAAUUUUCUGAAACAGGAUCAGGCGAUGGGAGUCUACAUCUAUGGGGAGUUGAUGGUUAAUGAAGAUGCCAGACAGCAGCAGCUAGCGCACAGGUGUUUCGCCAUGCUUAAAGAAGAGAUGGAUCCAUCCUUGAAGAAGGUGGUGACAGAAAUGCUAUUCUAGCCAAGUGAGAGCCAGCAAGGACUUGUCUCAAGAGAUCCCUUCAUGGUGCUAUGGAUUUUUGUUUGGUAUGGAAAAAAGGUGAAUAUAUUUUUUGCAAAGAGCAUAAAUUAGAGAGGCUGCAGAUUAUUUGAUCUUCUAACAUGUUUCUGAAAAUUAUAUGUAGAAUACUUGUAUUCCUGUCAGGUUUAUUAGGUAAUAAACUGGUGACUAAAGACAAGUGUCCUCACAGAAUCAUUGUUUUCCAAGAAUACGGCAUAUUCCUGUAUCACAAUACUGUGUGUGUUCUUUCCCACUAACUGUGCAACCCACUGGGGAGGCAAUACUGCGGUGCAUAGGAGCCCUGGGAGUCCUCACCUGUAACUGUAGUCCUGAUGAGAUAUCACGACGUCAGUUCCAACGUGUGCAAAGGAAGUCCUUCCGAUUGUUUGCUUUUCUGUAAUAGCAAACCUCUCAGAAGCAUGAGAUAAAAGCAAAUUGAAUAAAGUAAAUGCUUAUGUUUAAAAUGUAAACAGUUUAUUCAAAUAUAAAUAUAGCAAGCAUUUGCUCUGUUACCGUGGCAGGAAGAGAAGCAGGAAAUGUUACUGAAUGGAAUAUGGAACCAAGCUGCCUUUCACAGCCCCUUGAACCUGUUUCCAACAACCACCACCACUAUCCUAAACUAUGUUCCUUUUAUGUUUCAUCGUUCUGUAUCUAAAUAAAGUUUAAUUUUCUUGUGGGCAUUCUGAACAAAUCUGUAGAAUAAUAGCUAUAACUGAAUCAAUGAAAGACCAUUCAACUAGGGAAUUCAACCAGAGUGCAGACUCUGCAAGUACAAAAAGAAGAGACAAUAAUAAUAAAUAAAUGUAAUGAAUAUUGAGAACAUGAGGUGAAGAGUCCUUGAAAGUGAGUCCAUUGGUUGUGGGAACAUCUCAAUGAUGGGGCAAGUGAAGUUGAGUAAAUUUAUCCCCUUUGAUUCAAGAGCCUGAUGGGUGAGGGGUACUGACUGUUCCUGAACCUGGUGGUUUGGGUCCUGAGGCUCCUGUACCACCUUCCUGAUGGCAACAGAUAGAAGGGAGAAUGUCCUGUGUGGCGCGAGUCCCUCUGAUGGAAGCUGCUUUCCUGUGACAGCACUUCAUAUAGAUGGGAGGGCUUUACCCAUGAUGGACUGGACCAUUUAUUACUCAGACCAAAUUACCCGUGAGAAAGCAAUGGGUUGGAGCCUUUUUGAUCUACUGAAGUCCACUUGGUGGAGGUGCUCCCAAAGUUACCAGAUUGAGGCCCAGCAGUGAUUAAUGGACAAUGAGUGUGGUGUUUUAGUGUGUCUGUAUUCCUUAUCAUUAUGCUGGUAGCAUGUGAUGGUCCGUGCACCUUGGUGAAUAUUGUGCAUUUUCCAGAUGGUUCACACUGCAUGUGGUGGAGGAAAGGAUUGUCCGGUGUAAUGAAGGGGAGGUCUUGUGGAUUUUUCUUAGCUUUUUCCUUAUGACUAAAAGCCCUUUGGCUCAUUGUGUUUGUGCUGACUGAUUUUCCUGUAACCUAUUCAACGCAAAUGUCCAUUAACUGUCCCCCAGUCUGCAGUUCCCCGUCCACAUCAGGGACAGUACACCGAACAGCUAACACAACUUUUUGAAGUGGAAGGAAAUGCGUGCAGUCACACGGAGAUUGCAAACUCCAAAUAGAGUGAAUGGUGGUCAGAUGUAACUCUGAUUUGCUGGGUCUUUGAGACAAUGGAAUGAUUUCUGUGCCGCUUUGGUAGAUGGUUGAAGGCUACUGUUGAUAGUAUGUAACGACAAAAAGGUUGCUGCCAGAGAGAUCUACUGAUUCAUCAGCUGAGGGACAACAGGAGAAGGUUUCUUGCACAUAUUGGAUCUGAUGCCAUGAGAUCUCAUGGGGCCUGAAGUUGAAGGUUUAGGCUCCCAGUGUCCCUGUCUACCACAGUAUUGCCGCCUCUAGUGGGUUUGUCUUGUUGAAGAGACAGAACUAUGUGUAAACUGUAAUCCUGUGAGGAUGCCUAUCACUUGACUGGACUAUGGGAUGGUUUCUCCAAAUUAAGACACCAGUGCCCAGAUGUUUGUGAUGGAGUUUCUCUAGGCAGGCCUAGGGGCCGCUUUACUAGAUUUGGUGUAUAGACGUAUGGGAAAGCCAAAGGCAGCUUUAUUCUUUCUCUGUUUAAAUAUAGUGCUGAUGGUACAACGGAAUAGGUUGGAGCUUACAUCAGAAGCAUUUAACAGUUAACUACAAUAUUGAAAUAACAACAUGAUACUUGGAAAUCUUCAAUAUCAUAUCCAAUAAUUUAAAACUCACAUGCAUAUUUUCCUAAUUGGAAAAUUUUAGAAAAUGCUUUUCUCAAAAUCAGUUGCAGUCAAUAGAAGACGGUGCCCCGGGUCAUCCUAGAGCAUACUGUGUACAAUAAAUUAAUUUCAUUCAACUCAUUUCAUUCUAUUAAGCUGAACUUGGAAGGUGCAGAAAACUCCUACAAACUAUGAUGAUCAGUUAGUAUGUGCUUGGCAUUGCAAGACUGCACCGAGUAAUAUUCUUGAAUCUCCUGGGCAGAAAGGCUCCUUAUUCAGACAUUUCAAUUCAUUUAAAGAGUAGCACUAUCUUAACAGAACAGUCCUCCUCCAUUAUAGAUUUUGUACUUCAAUCUCUCUAACUUAGAAGCAAUUGGUGUCAACUAAACUAAGCUGACAGUAGCACUUGGUAGCAAGCUGAAAGCAUUUACCAUUGAAUCAGAAAGAAGGAAAUCUACAGAUGAAAGGGAAUACAAAGGCAAUUUUACUAAGUAGUUGGGAGAGAACUGAGAAUGUGAACUAUGAAAUCUACUCCUUAUUAGAGGGCAGUCAGCAUGUGAUAAGUUUCACAAGAACCACCCAAACUUAGCUUAAUGACAUUGGAAACAGUAAAGGAGCAGAGGGUUGGUUUUUGGUCUGUGUCAGGACAUUACCUUUAAAUAAUUAGCUUUCAUCUUUAUUAAGUUGCAUCUAUAAUGUUAAUGGCUCGAUUAAUGCGCCACACAUCCCUUGCAAUUACACUGUAUAUUUAAUUAUCAUGAAAAGAAUCCUUGAAAUUUAAUGACAGUGGCUAGCUGUCAGUCUUACAAAAUAUUAAUGUGGAAGAGAUAAUGUAACAGCAUUUUAAAUGAAUUGAAUUGACUUUAUUACUCACAUCCUUCAUCCUUCAUAUACACAAGGAGUGAAAAUCUUUAUGUUACAUCUCUGUCUAAAUGUGCAAUUUAUAGUAAUUUUAAUAAAUAGUAUGUACUACAGGAUAGUCAAUAUAACGUAGUCAUGGGUAUACAGAGAGUAAAGGAGGGGGCUUAGGGCACAGCCCCAAGGGGCACCUAUGUUAAGGGGCAGAGGUGAGGGAGCCCACUCUUAGCACCUGCCGGUGAUCUGAUAGGAAGUCUAGGAUCCAGCUGCACAAGGCAGGGUGAAGGCUAAGGUCUCUGAACUUCUUGUCGAGCCUGGAUGAAAUUACGGUGUUGAAUGCUGAACUGUAGUCCAAGAACAGCAUUCUUACAGAAGCAUCCUUCUUCUCCAGAUGUGUAAGGACGGUACGUAGAGCAGUGGCUAUUGCGUCUUCUGUCAACUGGUUGUGUCGGUUGGCGAAUUGUAGUGGGUCCAGUUUGUGUGGUAGCAUGCUGCAGAUGUAGUCCUUGACCAGCCUCUCAAAGCAUUUGCUUAUUGUUGAGGUGAGUGAGACAGGACGCCAGUCGUUCAGACAUGUGGUCUUUUUCGGUACAGGGUCAAUGGUGGAUGUUUUGAAGCAGAAGAGCACUCCACACUUGAGAGGGAGAGAUUAACAUUUUAACAGCCAACUGUACCUGAAGCCAUCACUUUAUUUUCCAACACAUUAUAUAGGUUGGAAAUAAAAUAUUGUUUUCCCAGUGAUGUGCAUUAACUUGGUAUCCUGUAAUAUCUCUGUGCCAAUAUGUCACGAACAUUUUGUGCGAUGUGCUCAGUUAAAUAGACUAAGAAUAUUUAAUUCUUUGUAGGUGAAGCCUGUAGAUUGCUCCAAGAAAUAUUUAUUUUAGGAGUCUGGGCAAGAUUCAAAUUCCAGAGAUGAAAGCGACAUGUAAGAACAUACCAUGUUAUCCAGCCCUGCAGAUCCCUAAUUAUUAAUUUAGGCAGGUAUAGCAGGCUGAAACAAGUGUUGGUAUGUAAAACCUGAGCCCUUAGCACUUAUUUUAAAAGAAUAUGUUCAAAUAUGCAGUUUUUAUCUGUUUAUUCAAGGAACUGGAGAAGAAUGUUAACAUUAGUUAUGAACUUCAGUGUACCUAUUGGACAAGUUAAUAUGAAGCCCUUGUUUAACAAGUAUCCAGAUGUAAUAAGUAAGCCAGUACCAAGAGCGAUCCCGCACUUCUUGAUCUUCAAAGGUCAGACUGAUUUCCUGUUAAGUGAAUUCAACCAUUUAAUAAUACCUGUUCUUAAUGCU